AUGCCACUGCAAUUGACCACAAAGUAUGUUUGUUGCUUCUUGAUGUCUCAUGCUCUGUUGAUUUCAAUUCCGAAUACUGCAGCAGGCUGCUGUAAGCCAUCGAAUGACUGUAACUUCACAUACGUGAGCCCGACAGUGUGGAACAAGCCCGCUGAUGGGGUCUACACUAACCCAGACUGCAACUCCUGGGACAACAGCUCGAAUGUUUUGUGCUAUGACUGCCAUUCCUGCAAGGCUGGCCUCCUUGACAACAUCAAGAGCGACUGGAAGAAAGUCGCCAUCGUGAACAUCGUAUUCCUCAUAUUCCUCAUCAUUGUCUACUACUCUAUCGGAUGCUGCGCGUUCAGAAACAACAGGCACGACAACUCCUACGGUUAUGGAGGAGGAUGGAAGAGGUAG